GACUCUCUCUCUCUCUCUCUCUCUGUGUUUCUGUCCUUUGCUUCUUUAAAUAAGAAAACUGCACAAGACAUUUUCCUCUUCUUCUUCUUCUGCUCUGAGUCAGUCAGUUUCAUCUGAUCUCAACUCCUUCCACAAGCACUUGAAUCCAAAUUCAGACUAAAUGGGUUGCCUCGAAACCCGUUUUUGCCAUCUGGGUCUGCAUUGAACUCUUAAAACAGACAACUUGUAUUUUAUUUUCAGCCUUUAGAUUGUGAACAACAAUGGGGACACGUCUUUUGAACCAGUCCUUCUCAUACUCUGGUUACGAUUUGUUCUCAUGGCGGUUUUCAGUUUUUAGAUGCGAGUGUUGACCCUAUUUGAAUUUGGAAGAAUUUGUUCUUGGUCAUGGCUCGACGUCAUGGAUGGGAACUCCCUGCUCACACUUUUCAGGUUGUGGCUAUAACCGUUUUUUUCUUGCUAACGGUUGCGUAUUAUGCGUUCUGUGCUCCUUUUCUUGGAAAUGACAUCUAUGAGUAUGUGGCAAUUGGUGUAUAUUCUGCAGUAGUGCUUUCUGUAUUCAUACUUUAUGUUCGGUGUACAGCAAUUGACCCUGCUGAUCCUGGAAUACUACUCAAAGCUGACAAGACUUUUUUUCACAAAGAAAACGAUAACACAGAUAUUCCUGAGGACAUGUCAUUCAGUAAUGAUGCAAGUUGGUGUUCAAAAGUUGGAGGUUUCUUCUGUGGUUGUCUUGUAAGAGAAGAUUGCCACAAACGUGAAGAUCUCUUGCAAUUACAACAGGAAUCAGGAGAGGAUCCUCUCUUCUGCACUUUGUGCAAUGCUGAGGUCCGCAAGUUCAGCAAACAUUGUAGAAGUUGUGAUAAAUGUGUUGAUGGAUUUGAUCAUCAUUGUCGGUGGCUAAAUAAUUGUGUGGGGAGGAAAAAUUAUCUCACGUUCAUAUCUCUUAUGGCUGCAAGCGUUGUUUGGGUUACUGUUGAAUGUGGCGUUGGUAUUGCUGUCCUUGUUCGAUGCUUUGCUGAUAAAAAGAGUAUGAAAAGGCAAAUAGCUGAUAGGCUUGGAGUUGGUUUCUCUCAGCCCCCAUUUGCCACUGUAGUGGCCCUAUGUACGGCUAUUUCCUUCCUUGCCAUUUAUCCUGUAGCAGAGCUGUUCUUUUUCCACAUAAUUUUGAUUCGAAAGGGUAUUACAACCUAUGAGUAUGUCGUUGCCAUGAGAACACAAAGUGAACCUCCUGGACCAUCUGUGGACGGAGGCAAUCAGCAAAGCAUUGCAUCUUCGCCAACAAGUUCAGCUGUGACUGCCAUAAGUGGAAGAAGCUCUCUUGGAAUGAAUUUGCCAUAUAAAGGUGCUUGGUGCACCCCGCCAAGGAUCUUUGUGGAUCACCAGAUGCAGGAUGAAAUUAUUCCACAUUUGGAGCCAGGACGCUUACCAUCAACACUGGAUCCAGAUGAAAUACAGCAGCCUGAUAAGGCAAAAAAGUUAUCCCAACGUCCAGUCCGAACAAGUGCAUGGAAGCUUGCUAAAUUAGAUGCUAACGAGGCAAGCAAAGCAGCUGCCAAAGCUAGAGCAUCAUCGUCUGUGCUUCGUCCAAUUAGUUCUCAACAUCAUCAGUAUGAAGCUCACUAUGUAUCGAGUGGUAAUGUGAGCGGAAGAAGUAGUCCAACUAGUACUGAUCAGGGGUAUAACAACAGAAACACUAGAGCUGGGACAUCAAAAUUAUCACCUAUGAGCUCAUAUCCACCUAGUCGUGCUAGCAGAGAAGAUGUUGAAAUUGGACAUUAUGCUGGUAGUAACUUAAGCAGUCCUCAUGUCUCUAGUCUCACACCUUCUCCUCUAGAGCAAAGAACUUCAAACUUGGAUCAGUUCAACCCCACUUAUCAGUCAUCAAAUGAUCAAUCUCCAUUAUCAGAAAAACAAAGUGAAGGGAAUGUAAAUGUACAUGUAAGACAGAUGCCUACAGAAACAGGUAAUUCAAGUCUUCAAGGAAAUAAGAGAUCCUCGGUGUUCUGGGAUCAAGAAGCUGGACGUUUUGUGUCAUCUUCCAGAUCUGGUGGUUCCUCCUCAGGAGCAGAGUUGUUGUACACGGGACAAUCCAUAUUUUUUGGUGGACCUGUUCUCAAGGAACCACCGGCUAGAAAAACACGAAAUGUCGGUUCACUGGCUUCCGAGCAUGACAGAAGUUCUACAUAUCAACAGGGUAGAUCACAAAGAGGUGGCCAGCUUCCCGUGUUUGUUCCAAGUGAUUCAGAGAAACACCAGUUUUCUUCUAGAUUAAUUUGA